GACAGGGGAAGAAAAUACAGUGACAGAGGGGAGUGACCGAGUCCGCGGCUGCUUUCAGCGGAAUCAAAACAACCAGACACGCCUUCCACCCUGGCUGGGACCCCGCUAGCAUGGCUCCCAGGGGCCGCGGCUGCAGGGGCCGCAUAGCCCGGUGAGUGGCCCGCGGGCCGCCCUGUGUGCGCUGAGCUCGGCCGCCCAUUGUUCGCUCGCUCUCUCCCAGCUCUGCGGCCGGGGCACCAUGGAGGCCGCCGGACCGAGCACCUGAUCGCCCCAAGCGAGGACCCGCCCGCCAUGCCGAACGCGAAGAGCAGCAAGGGGAGGAAGAACAAGAGGGCGAACAGCAGCGGGGACGAGCAGGAGAACGGGGCCGUGGCGGCAGCUGCAGGAGGGACGGCGGCCGCACCGAUCUGCGCAGGAGCCGCAGCCACGAGCUCCGCGACCGCACAGUGUGCAGCAUCGGCCGCCGCACCGCCGGCAGCAUCGGCCGCACCGUCUGCAGACACCAAGAACGAUGCAGCAUGUGCAACUCCACUUAUCUGCAGCCUAGGUAGACAUGUUGAACUAGAUAAGGAUGACUACCAAAAGGUCAUCUGUAACAAUGAGCACUGUCCUAACAGCACCUGGAUGCAUCUGCAGUGUUUCUACGAAUGGGAAAGCAGUAUUCUUGUCCAAUUUAACUGUAUUGGCAGAGCCCGCAGCUGGAAUGAAAAACAAUGCCGUCAGAAUAUGUGGACUAAGAAAGGUUAUGACCUUGCUUUUCGAUUUUGCUCAUGUCGAUGUGGGCAGGGCCACUUAAAAAAAGAUACAGACUGGUACCAGGUGAAACGAAUGCAUGAUGAUAAGAAGAAGAAAUCGGGCCCUGAGAAAUCCACUGGUAGAUCCAUGUCAGAGUCCUCUGAUGAAGUAAAGAAGUGCAGAGCUACAUCCAAACCUCAGAAAGGAUUGGUUUAUGAUCCACCUCGUCGACAUUCAGUUGACAGACAGAAUUCUCAAGAGAAGGGGGUUAGUGGAGGUGCGCAUGGCCUGCGUUCUCCUUGCAUUUCUCCUGGACAAUCUCCUCCUGCUGGCUACCCCAUACUUUCCCCUUCUCACUUUAGUGUUCCCCGUAGCUCCAGAUACUUGGGUGAGUUCUUAAAGAAUGCUAUUCACUUGGAGCCUCAUAAGAAGAAUAUGGCAACAGGAGGACCACUCCGAAAUGCCCAUGUUGACUACAACAUGGCUGGGCUGCAGUCUCACAGGUCAGGGCGCCUGGAUGCACCAGUACAAUUUCUUCGGAGACUAGACCUUUCAGAACUAAUGGCACAUAUACCACGGCAUAAGCUUAACACUUUCCAUGUACGCAUGGAAGAUGAUGCCCAGGUUGGUCAGGGGGAGGACCUCCGUAAGUUCAUCCUAUCAGCCCUCAGUGCUAGUCACAGGAAUGUAGUGAACUGUGCAUUGUGCCAUCGGGUGCUCCCUGUUUUUGAGCAAUUCCCGCUGGUGGAUGGAACUAUGUUUCUGAGCCCAUCCCGGCAUGAUGAGAUUGAAUAUGAUGUACCUUGUCACCUUCAAGGACGACUGAUGCACCUUUAUGCAGUCUGUGUGGACUGCUUAGAAGGUGUUCAUAAAAUAAUCUGUAUUAAAUGCAAAUCAAGGUGGGAUGGAAGCUGGCAUCAAUUGGGAACAAUGUAUACCUACGAUAUAUUGGCAGCUUCUCCAUGUUGUCAGGCCAGACUGAACUGCAAGCACUGCGGAAAACCAGUCAUAGAUGUACGCAUCGGAAUGCAGUAUUUCUCAGAGUACAGCAAUGUUCAGCAGUGUCCCCAUUGUGGUAAUCUAGACUACCAUUUUGUGAAGCCAUUCUCUUCAUUUAAAGUCCUGGAGGCUUAUUGACGAAAGCUUUCUUUUAGUAAUAGCCAUUUUAUAGGUAUUACUAAUUUGUUACAUAUCUUUUUAUAGGAAAUAUUCUGUGAAGCAAAACGUUAACUCCUUUUCUAAUUCAAAAAGCAACAACAGUGUUUGUUUCCUUUAUAUUGAUUUAUUAAAACUUGUAAAUAAUUUGUUUCUCAUUUGCUGGGGAACGUAACCUGGAAAUGUGACGGGUGAAUGUAAAUCUAUGCCAGCAAAGUGUAUUUUUUUCUAUUUGGUUUAAGUAUUUAGGCAUAGUGUUCUGAUUUAUCGUUAACAUAUAACCCCUCCCACCCCCCCAACUAAGCACUUAAAAGGAAAACAAAUACGGUUUUCACCAAAGCAGAUCUAAAUAUUUUUUUUAAAUAAAUAAUAUUUAAAGUCAGUUUUGCUU